AUGGAAUAUUCUGAAGUGUCAAACAACAGCAUUAUUAGAGUCAUACUGCAAUUUUUGGCUGAAAAUGGUUUGGAAAAAUCCUUUCAUGUCUUGCAGCAAGAAAGUGGAAUUUAUUUGAAUGGAGUUAACAGUGUUAAACUUAUACAUGAAAAAAUAACUUCUGGAGACUGGGAUCACUUCUUUUCACUCACUAAAAUUGUAAACUUACCAGUAGAUAUGUUAGUUAAUUGUUAUGAACACAUUAUUACGGAGCUACUAGAAAAUAUGGAACCCUAUGCAGCCAAAUUCUUAUUAAAAAAUACAAAGCCCUGUAUAUUUAAUAUGAAAGUUUCUCAUCCUUCAAAGUAUAACAUGCUAUUAGAGUUGACUAAUAAGGCUAUCUGUGUAAUUGAAACUGGAAGUAAUGAAAUUGAACAAAGUAAGAGUUAUCAAGUAAUUGCUAAACUUGCAAGAUCUAAUUAUAUGGAAAGUAAUAGUAGAACACUAUCACGCUUAAAAGUAGCAGACAUGAUAUGCAACUUUAUUGAUGAAAUUAAACCAUCCAAGUUGCUUGAAAUUAUUGGAAUAGCUAUUAAAGCAGAAAGUGAAAGAUACAGAACACUUGGAAAUAUAAACUACGACGGUACUAUCAAUGCAUUUGAUAUUGGUGAAACCAAAACUUCCUCUCAAGAUUUUAACAAUAGGAAAUUGAAUGCAAAUUUAUUUCAAGAGACAGAUAAUAAUCCUAGAAGCAUUAUAUGCGCAAUUGAUAAAUUUGAGAAUAUAAAUUUUAGUACAAAAGAAUUCGGAAGAAUUAAUUGUGUUACCUUUUCACCAGAUGAGUCCAAUAUAAUAAUUGGUACAUCACUGGGUUUCAUAUGCAUAUGGAGUUGGAUAAGUGACGAAUUAAGUAAGAAAAUUGAUACAGAUGACUUUUUUUUCAGUUAUAAAAGUGAUAAGUGUAGUAUUAUUUCAGUGUGUUCCUCUAUAUAUAGAAGUGAUGUUUAUGCUGAACUUAAGAUAAGCAAUUAUGGCGUAGAAGAGAGUCCAAGCUUCUUAAUAGCAUCUUCUAGUGAAAAUUGCGAAUUAAAACUCUGGGAUAAUUUUAAAAAUUUAAUAUACUGCUUACAGAAUAUUCAUGAUAAACCUGUGACAUGCAUGACAUUUAACAAGGAUGGAAGUUGUAUUUUAUCUGGAUCUUAUGAUGGAAGUGUUAGAAUCCAUGGAUUAAGAUCUAGAAGAAUGUUAAAAUACUUUAAACAUAUUAAUAAUAGCUCUUUCGUUAACACUGCAGUCUAUAAUAGCACCGAAGCUCUAAUUAUAAGUGGCUACUCGGAUGGCACAAUAAAUGUCUGGGAUACAAGGAAUUGUGAAUGCAUUGCUACCUAUCCAUUAAAUAAUAGUUCAAUAAUUUAUUGUAAUAUAAUUGACAAGCCAUAUUUACUAUUCAAACUAGCUGAAGAAGGCUAUCCUGAAGUACUCAAUAACAAAAAAAAAAUAACCAAUACUAGCGACAUUAUAAUAUUAUGUACAAGUUAUGAAAUUUCCAUUCUUAAUAUCUGCAGUGGGAAAAUAAAUAACUUAUAUAAUAUAGCAGAUAAGGGGAAUGAUGGGAUUUUCAUAAGAUCUAUUGCUUUACACCCAAGUUUGCACUGGAUCUAUAUUCUAUGUAGUAAUAAUUGCUUAUUUUGUAUUAAUAUAACCAAAACAGAGUCAAUUGACUAUAUACUAAUUAGUGAAAAUGUUGAAGAUAUAAAGAAUGAAGAAACUAACAUUAAGUCCCAAGUUAUUACCAAUAAAAACUCCAAUAUUUACUACAGUUUGAAGUAUAACACACUUAUUUAUUAUAAUAACAAUGAAAUACAACUAUAUGGAGUGAGUAUACCCUUUAAUAAGCAAUAA